GAGAGUGCCCCUGCUGCCGUCCUUCGUCCUUCGUCUGCUGCUGCUCUUCUUUCCCCACGCCUCUGCUGCUCCUCCUAUCAACACUGUUGCUGCUCCUCUGCUUAAAACUGCUGCUGCUUCCUCUUCCCACGUCUUUGCUGCUGCACUGCUUGCGCCCGACCUCUGCUCCUCCCCUCGUCUCUUCUACUGCUGCUCCCUCUUCCCUGCUGCCCUUCUCUCAAUCCCACGCUGCUGCUCCUUCUUCUCCUCAUCAGCCGAUCCCCUUUUCCCCAUCCUCUCCCUCUCUACUCCUAACUGUAGAUCGAGGUCCGUCCUCAUCAGCCGAUCCUCUUUUCCCCAUCCUCUCCCUCUCUACUCCUAACCCUAGAUUGAGGUCCAUAACACUCCUCUCCCCGAACAACAAUGGCGGAAGACGGUCUCAACGACUACGAGCGCCUUCGCCAGGAGAACAUCCGGCGCAACCAAGAAAAGCUUGCCCCCAUCCGCCGCAAGGCCGACGAGCUCUCCGCCCCCAUCCGGCUCGCUAAACCUAAGCGACCGUAUCAGGUCAGGCCCAAGGCCCCGACGGGCCCCGUCCGCUCCUCCGGCCGCGCCCGCGGCAUCGCUCCCGACAACCUGCCCCCGGAUCUCAGCCUCACACCCUCGCUCGCCUCCUCCAUCCUCGGGGGCGGGGCUGGGACCAAUGUUCGUGCGGCGGACGACUUCAAUGCUGGGAGGGGCAUGGUGCUGAUGCGCGCACACGUGAGAAACGUGGUGCCCUGUAGCAUAGAGUCGAUGCGGGUCCUCCCGCUCGCCGACCAGACCGUGGUGGCGGCGGGGGACAAAAGGGGGAAUAUCGGGUACUGGGACGUCGACGGUGUCUCGGAGGAUGCCGACGGUGUGGAUGGGGUCGUCUUCAGUUAUUGGCCACACAAGUGCCCUGUGUCAGCAAUCGUGGCGCACCAGGUGGCACCACACAAGUUUUACAGCUCUAGCCAUCAGGGUGAAAUUUGUCUUAUGGACUUUGAGAAGGAGAUGUAUAGUAUGGUUCAUUUAAGGGAGUGGCCUGUUUAUUCGCUUUGUCAAGCACAAAAUAGUGCCCGAUGCCUAUAUUUUGGUGAUGAAAAGGGUGGCCUGACACUUUUCGAUGAGCGUGAGGGUAAGGUGUUAACUACAUGGGAUGUGCAUGAGGAGAGAAUCAACUCAAUAGAUUUUCAUCCGGAGAAGCCACAUAUGCUUGCUACGAGUUCAACGGAUCAAACAGCCUGUAUAUGGGAUGUGAGAAAUAUAAAAAGGAAGGAGCCAGAUAGCCUGAAGGUUUUCAAACUUGAGAAAUCUGCUCAGUCAGCUUAUUUCUCACCUAGUGGCCGCAUGUUAGCAGUAACAAGCUCCAGCAUUUGUGGUACUGUCCGAAUAUUUUGCGUGGAUGACUUUGAAAAGUCGCAUAGUGUGGAGUAUAAUAACCAGACAGGCAUUUGGCCUUCUGCAUUCAAGGUAAUCUGGGGCUGGAACGACACCGACCUAUAUGUUGGAAACAUGAGCAAGGGAAUAGACAUUAUCUCAGUUGAUGUCAAUGACAGUGGCCUCUCUGUUCAGAACAGUUCAUAUCUUAGGAGUGAACACAUGACAUCCAUUCCAAACCGGUUUUCUGCACACCCAUAUAAAGUUGGCUAUCUUGCCUGUUCAAGCUGCACCAGCAAGGUGUACCUUUGGACCAGAGCUUAA